CAAUGUCAAUUCAGAGUAUUGUAAUUUUCUGAAAGUUUUAUUUACUUGCCUGGUAAAAUAAUUACUUUACUUUCAAACUAUCUAUAGUAGGUAACCGCUGUUAUCCAGGGUACAAUGUCGAAGUCACAAGAUUAUUCUAGCUACAAAGUAACAACUUACAGUCGUUACAAUAUUUCUGAGAGCACAUCAGAUAUUCAGGUUUUUGUUAAUGAGUUUAGAGAACGAAUAGAAAACGACCUACGACGCAAUGAAGAUCAUGCUAAAAUACCUUUCUCUUCGUUUGCUCAAAAGAGGCUCAGUAUAUCCGAUAUAGCUUGGUUACAAGAUAACACCGAAAGAUUUUUUAAGGACACCGAAAACAAAACUCUAAUCGAAGAUCAUUAUUUGUCGGAAUGUGGCUUUAUUUGUAGUAUGGUCUAUGCGCCUGAUGGAGAAACUAUUAUUGUGGGUCAUUCGACUGGUAUGGUCCAGAUGCGUCAUGGCAGCACAGGUACAGUCCUUUGUACGCUGCGAAACAUUCAGUUCCCGCCAAAGCCCGUGCAUGCUUUGGAAUACAGCCCUUUUGAACCAAAUGUCUGCUAUGCAGCCUGCAUAGACGGAGCCGUAUAUCGGAUCGAGAUCCCUCAGAUAGACACGUCAAUCGAGGAUCCUCCCGGGUUCUGUAUCAAAGCUGAUCCGAUGGUGGAGAGCCUCAACAUGCAGUUCUAUGGGAGUCCUGGAACAUCGCUGUAUGCUACGCCAUUUGUUACACAACGUUGCGCUGCUCUUUCCGUGGGUGUGCUGGCGGAGUGUCAGAAGAUGGCAGUUGGUUAUUCUGAUACGUCGAUCAAAAUCUAUAAUAUGGAAACACAAGAGGCGGACGCUACAUACAAAGUGCACAAACUUCGACUGCAGUUCAUCCCCAAGAAGCUGCAGAGAAUGCAUUAUGGCCAGGUGGUCGCAUUGAGGGCACAUCCACAUAAACCAUUCCUGUUCGCGAGUGGAGCUUGGGAUAAGACCCUUAGGAUCUGGGACAUAAGAUGUCAAGUCGGAUGCGUAAUGACCUUCGAAGGAGUUGACAUUUGCAGCGAUGCCAUUGAUUUAAACAGAGAACACCUUAUAGCUGGCAGUUGGAUGCCCACUGAUGGUGUCAGUGUAUGGGACCUAGCAGCUAGAAAGCUAAUAAGCUUUGUCAAGGUCCAGAAUCGAAGACCAGACGUAGACGGCGAGUAUGUCUACGCAUGUCGAUAUUGGCGUUCCUAUGAUUACAAUCGCAAAGGUAAGUAUGCUCUUGUUGGUGGAAGUGGAACCAAUAGCCUGGAAGUCAUCAACCUCCAUAACAGAUACAUCACAUGUUCCUACCCCUGCCAGGGAACUAUACUCGCUGUCAGCAGCUACCAAGAACGCAUAGCAUUCGCAGGCACCUCCAGUGCCUUCACGAUCGUCUCCUUCUAUGAUCCUAAACUACAAAAUGAGAAGUAUGAAGCCGCUGUUGAACCUGAAUACGACUACACCAAGCCAACUGCCGGCGCGAUCACCCUCUAUCGUGACGAUGAGAGCAUGCACUCCUCCACCGAUCAGACUCCAGAUACAGACAUGCCUGAAAGCCCAAGUUCAACUGAAACCGAUACCCCAAAGACCUCAUAGAAAACCUUGACUUUUAUGUUAGCGUAUAGUUUUUAAAUGUAUUUUUAAUUUCUAUUUAAUAAUAGCUUUCAUUCACAUAUCCAAAA